AUGGCUUUUCGCAUGCUGCUGCUGGCGGCCGCAGCCGCGGCUAUGCGUGACGAAAAAACAAGACAACAGCUGGAGGUUGAGGAAGACGCCCUUGAAGACGUGUCCCAGUUCAUCAAUUAUCAGGUGGAGUUGGACGAGUUGGAGAAGCUUUCUGACACGCCGCUGUUCUUCAGCGAGCAAACAGGCCGAUUCGCCACUGCAGCUCAGCUCCUGACGCAGGAUCCCAGCAGUGUACUGAGUCGUUUGGAGGCUGGCUUUGAAGCAGGCUCCAACAUGGUAGUCGUGGGUGCUGGCGGCGCGGGCAAGACUGAGACCAUCCUCUUAGCCAUGGCAAAUACUCAGAAAUCUAAGGCGAGCUUCGAUCUGCGUGGCUGGUACUUGGCGAAGAAGCAGAUGGACAAGAAGGCUUACACCACCGCCGUCAAGGCCGAUCAGCUGGCACUCCUGAAGUCCAGCGAGUCGGAAGUGAAGGGGGAGAUUGCGGGCAAAUCAGCAGACGUGCUUUUUUUCGAUGAGGUAGACCUGAGCCAGGGCCUCAUGAAUGCUGAUGAGCUGGAAGCCAUGAAGAUCUUGCUGAAAUGGGGCAACGAAGUGGCGCCCGAGAAGACGAAGAUUGUAGUGCUGCAUCCCUUGGCUUCGGUGCAGCCUGAGGUGCACGAGCUGCUGGCCCCUCUGGGUUACCCUGGUCCUGGAACGUCGGCCUGGAUCGAGUUCAGCCAGCCCUACAGCCCUGCAGUCGAGGAAGCCAUGAUCCGUGGAAUUCUCUCGGCCUGCGAACCUCCGCCCACCGAUGCGCAGAUCAGCGAGGUAGAGCAGUAUUUCCUGGGCCUGCCCAGUGCCUACAUGCCCUUCCUUGUUAACAAGGACCAUGUUCUGGACAGCAUUCCGGCCUCCGCAGCUGAUGCGAUUGAGAACGUUUUGAAACCAAAAGCACUCUCCAAGGUGGGCGGCCGGCUGAUCAAGAUCAAUGUGGGCUUCGCGGCGACACGUGGGGCCCGGGAGGCCAUCUCGACACUCCGCCGCAACCCUGACGAGGAGGUCUCAGGCGCUGACGCUGCCGGGGCGGUGGCCACCAUGGUGGUGGAGAAGCGGGGUGCCCACUUCGUCAUUCCUCCGGUGAUGCAGGAUGCGCUGAACGCUUUCUGCAGGGACAUGGAUGUCAGCAGCAAGCAAGCUGUGGCGCCAAUUUGUGAAGCCUAG